CAGAGAUCACAUUUCUGCAGUUCCCCUAGUUCAGGGUUUAAGCACUCUCUCUCUCUCUCUCUCUCUCUCUCUCUCUCUCUCUCUCACGCACACACACAGUGAAGAUGAAAGGAUGGUUAGGGGCAAUGAGGUUCAAUAAAAGUGGCGGAAAAAUAAAUUGGUUCCCUGGCCAUAUGGCUGCUGCCACUCGCGCCAUUCGCCACCGCCUCAAACUCUCCGAUCUUGUCAUUGAAGUCCGUGACGCCCGCAUACCUUUGUCCUCAGCCAAUGACGACUUGCAGCCUAUGCUUUCUGAAAAAAGGCGGGUGAUUGCGCUCAAUAAGAAAGAUUUGGCCAACCCCAACAUCAUGCAUAGGUGGAUUCGGUAUUUUGAUUCAUGUAAACAAGAGUGCCUCCCAAUAAAUGCACACAGUAGAAGUUCUGUGCAAAAGCUUCUCGAUCUUGUGGAGCUUAAACCGAAGGAACUUAUUACAAAGGAACCUACUCUUCUUGUCAUGGUGGUCGGUGUUCCUAAUGUCGGAAAAUCAGCUUUAAUCAAUUCCAUCCAUCAAAUAGCAUUAUCUCGAUUUCCAGUGCAGCAGAAGAUGAAGAGAGCUACAGUGGGGCCUUUGCCUGGUGUUACCCAAGAUAUUGCUGGAUAUAAGAUUGCACAUCAACCUACCAUAUAUGUGUUGGACACUCCAGGAGUGCUGGUUCCAAGUAUUCCAGACAUAGAAACGGGGUUAAAGCUGGCUCUAGCAGGGUCCAUCAAAGAUUCAGUAGUUGGUGAGGAGCGAGUUGUUCAAUACUUGUUAGCAGUUCUAAACACUCGCCGAACUCCUCUUCAUUGGAGACACUUGAUUGGCAGGGAAUCUGAGGGUCUUCAUCAUGAGUUAGAUGACAAACCUGAAUAUAAUCUCAAGGAUCUUCUACCAAAAAGAAGGAAGCCGCCCAACAAAUCUGAUAUCUUCUACAUCGAGGAUAUGGUCAGCGAAGUCCAACGCACACUUUACACCACACUCUCGGAAUUUAAUGGUAGUUUAGACGAUGAAGAUAACUUGGAGACUUUGAUAGAUCAACAAUUUGAAGCAUUGCAAAGUGCUCUGAAGAUACCUUAUAAGGCAUCAGAGGCUCGCACGAUGGUGUCAAAAAAAUUUCUCACUCUGUUUAGAACAGGCAAACUUGGUCCUUAUAUCCUGGAUGAUGUACCUGAUGCAUCUAAUUCUGUAUCUUGAACCUCCGUUUGUAAGGUACUAUCAGUGUUUAAUAUGAUUAUUUUGUACCAUAAUUUUGUUGAAAACUAACCCCUUAUCAACACUGGCUCAGGUUUGUGAAUCUAGUACUAGUUUGAAAGCUUAACAUAUCUGCACUAA